AAAAAAAAAAAAAAAAAAUUAUAACAUUACUCAACUUAAUACAUAAAGAAAGAAAAAAAAAAAGAAUGAAUAGCUCUUUACCAGACAUUAAUCAGCUACGCAAUGAUAUUAAUUUCGCCUCUAUUUCACAAUUCUUUCAUACCUUCCAAUCUGCUUUUCGUCCUUGGCCAACAUCAGUUCAAGAUAUUAUUUAUUCACAUAAAUUAGAAAAUAAUGAAUAUGUAUUUCAAACUGAGGAUCUUGAACGUAUGAUUUUAGAAGCAACAGAAAGAAUUCGAUUUGAAGACUUGAUGGUUAGAAUGUUACGUUUAUUAACUCGCAAUCGAUUUAUAAAUAUGUCGAACUGGCAAACAUAUUUUUCUAAAGAAUUUAGUAAAAGAAAAGCUGAAAGUGUGAACCCAUUUAUUGCUAUUAAUAAUAAUAAUAAGGAUGAUGAACAAGCGAAUGAUCAAAAUGAAUUAGUCAAUUAUUUUACUAUGGAUUUAGAUACAAGAGUUUAUCUGUUAUAUUUGCUAUGUGAGUGGCAAUUAGAUGAACCUGAGAAAUUUAGAGAACACUUGGAAUCAGAAGAAGGUUCAGUGCAAUGGAGAGUUGAUCCUAUAGGAUUUGAUAAAAAGGGAAGUACAUUUUGGCUUUUUGAUGAUAAUAGAUUGUAUAAGGAAACACCAAAACCUAAAAUAAAUAAAUCAGCAAAGUUGAAAAAAAAGAGUCGUGUUACAACUUCAUCUCGAAGAAGUUUACGAAGAUCAACUAGAGUUUCAAGUGAUGCAAAAGAGCCAUCAAAUGAUGAAGAAAGUGAGGAUGAAGAGGAAUGGGUACCUUGGAAGUUGAUUUGUUACAGUAAAAAUGAUUGGGAGCAAUUACCCUUGAAAUACGCCAAUAGUAAAAACCCUGAUGAACAAAGCUUCUAUCAAUUACUUGUGGAUGACCUAUUGCCUAAAAUUUUGCCCGUUUUAGAAGAGCAUGAGAAGGAGUUGAAAAAGCAAGAGGCUAUGUGGAAUAGAAAGAGAAGUUCGCGCAUUAUGAUGAAAGAAUUAGAAGCACUUGAAACAUCCUCUAUAGAGAGUUGGAAAACAGAUGAAUUGCAAAGUAAUAGUAAAUCAGGUAGUAGAUCAAGAGCUUCAAGUCGAAUUGAACAAAAGGCAAAAGAAAGAGAAGAGAAAGAAAAGGCAGAGUUGGCAAAGGCAAGAGAACAGCGUCUUUUAGAACGUGAACGACGUAUUAUGGAACGUGAACAUAGAGCUCUAGCACGUGAAAGACGACAAGCAAGUCAGGAAAUCUCUGAUAAUACAAAUGCUACUGGGUUUUCAGAGGAUAAGACUAUUUUACAAGAGCCUAAAGCAAUAAAUAAAGAAGAGCCUUCCACUAAAAAAACCAUUGGAAAAGAGAAUGACAAUAAAGAACAAAGACCAAAACGAAAAUAUGUUUUAAGACCAAAAUAUGAUGAACAUGGUAAUUUAAUUCCUCCAAAAAAGAGGGGUAGAAAACCAAAGAAUAGAACUUUGGAAGAAGAAGAAUGGGCUUUUAAUUGUGUUUGUGGUGUAUCUGGAAAGAAUCUGGAUGAUGGUACGCCUAUGGUUGCUUGCGAGAAAUGUGGAACUUGGCAGCAUAUAGCAUGUCUUCGAAAAUCUGGACAAGUGAAUCAAGAUACAAACCUGAAUAAUAUUAAUUUUAUAUGUCAAAAAUGUGAAAACAGAAAGGAGGAUGAAAUACAACAAUAUAAAAAGCAAAGAAUUGAUAAUUAUAUACCAAUAGCAAAUAGUAAUUAUCAGCAGUCAUAUGCGCCGAUAAAUCCACAUAUCUCCUCCAUACAAUCAUCAUGGCAACUUCAACAGCCUUCUGCAAUUAGAGAAAGUCAUCAUUUAGCAGCUUCACAUCAUAAUCAUCGUUCUGACUCACUAAAUUCAUCACCUAUUAACAAUUCAGUCUACCAACACAUAGCACCUGCUCAAAAUAAUGGCAACACCGUUCCUAUGCAAAAUAAUCGUCCACUGCUACCCUAUCUGCCUAAACAACCACCUCCUAUAAAUAACUAUGUAUCUGCUCAGCAGACCUCUUUUGCACGAUCUCAUUCUAACUCUAAUAUGUCAUUCAACUAUACUACUCAGCAAGCAAUGCAUAUGCCAUUAGCAAAUAAUAAUAUAUCUAUAUCUGACAAUACAAUUAAAGGAGAACCUCAAAAAUCAGUUCCUAAUGAUUCUUCUCAACUUCAAAAUAAUGAAAAAUUAGCAUCUGUGAUAAACGAUCAUCAAAACAGUUCUAAUUCUUUUAAUCAACCUAAUGCAGUUCCUACCGCUUCCACAACGCUGCCAUCUAGUAAUGCUCAUACACUGCCAACAAAUACAUCACAUCAGACAUCUAUUUCUUCGUUAAUUUUACAACCUAUGUCAAACUCUCCAUAUAAAAAAACUAUCGAUUCUUCAAUAGAUAAUAAUUUACAACAAUAAAUGCUAUUACAUAUAAUAUAUAUGUAUAUAUUCAUAUAACAAUUUAUUUUGUUUAUAACUGUUCAUAUCAUUAUACGUCGUAUGUCAACAUUUUGUUU